AUGGCAUACACAGCGUCAACACGGCGUCUACCACGGGAGUCCAUCUACCCUGCUCCACCUUCCAACGAUUUCCUCAACGCGUUGGAAGAUUGCGUGUCUGCCACCGAACGAUGUUCUAACACGUUGAACGCGGGUUUGAACAGGUUGCAAGUGGGUACGAGUGAUUUACCGAGACUGACCAAAGUAAUGAAACAUAAACAUCAUUUCCUGGUCCUCCCUGAACCUACCAUCCUAGCGCACAAAUCAACCUUAUCAUCCUCCCUCGCACCUCAGAUAGAUCAGUUGAUAGCGAAAGCUGAGAGUAUGGUCGAAUAUGAGAAAUCGAAAGUGUCAACAUUGGAGGAAAGAUUAAGUAUCCUUCAGUCUGCUCGAACUCCCCCAAUCAACCCUCAACCUUCCAAUCCCACUUCUUUACCAGCUUCUUUGGCCGAAGAGACGGACAACAAGCAGGAUACGUCUUGUAAGAUAUCGGAUCUGAAUCUGAGGGAGUUGAGUAUACUACAGAGAAAAAAGGUGAUGAUGCUCAAGCAGAAAAGGGAGAGAUUGGAGAAAGAGUUGGAGAGGUUGAAAAGUGCUUCGUCCCAAUGA